GUAGAGCAGGCACCCCUUGAAGGUACAGUCCUAUCUGUCCUGAGUCCAAUGUCUGAUGCAUGCAGAAGAUAAAGAAUGCUCAGAAUGUACAGGACAGAGGGCAGCAUGUACAGGGCAUCAGAGUGUAGCAGGGGGGUUGGCAAUGAUGGUCCUCUUGAAGACCAUCGCUAUCAAGCGGAGGAGCGUGUGGAGGAUACAGAGGUAGAGGAAGACGAGUUUGAUGUCGAAGAGAGGGGGACAUCCAAACUUCUGGCCGGCGUGCUUGAGCUGGUACCCAUUUCUACGCUCAUCUCGAAGCCCUUCUUCUACCACCUUGCGGAGCUCAAGCCAGCAAGCAGUCCUUGCCUCGUCCUGAAUGAGAGGGAUAACCGCAGCUAUUUCUGCCCGGAGCUCGGUGACCUGGUUCUUGGAUUUGAACUUAGGUGUUUGUGGAGCAAGUUGUGUGCCUCCCGUCUUCUUGAAUUUUCGAUCUUUUCGAGGCUUAGCAGCAGUCACUUUGUGAUUCUGGUAAAGGUUGUAGUUUGAUAAUGGUUAAAUGUUCUUCUCAAAGAUUGCCUCCGGAUUUGCAUACAUUUUUCUGAUCGAAUGAAUUAUAAGAGCAUGGUGCAUAUGAUCAGAAUAUGUCAUGAGCAUUGUUAUAGUCCAUUGUAAGAGUUGCAUUGUCAUUCCC